AUGUUCUCCACGCGUCCUCCCCCUCCGUCGCUAGACUCUGCUUCACCCGAGACUCAGCCGUUAUGCUCGUCGCUCAGGUUACCUACGUCUCGACCAACUGAUUAUGCGCCACCCGGGCAUGGAGAGCAGCAGCUGCUGCAGGCGUGCUCAUACGAGCCCCGUCUGGAUCUAGGAGCAAUCACACUGUCAACCUUUAUCCUCCCCAGUCUCAAAUCACGUCCCAUUCCGUCGGUUAUGAGCCCACUGAAUGUCAUGUUGCGAAUUGACUGGGCCCAUCGUCACCGGGAGCAAAGCCUGCAGCAAAGACGAAAUCAUGACCUAACAAAUGCGACGACGACAGAUGCCGGAGACGAGUCCCUGCAGAGGUACAAGCAGUCCCUGGGCCUCGGCCAGGGCAAGGACCUCUCAGACCCCAACGACCCGCGAGUGUGCAUCAUCUACAGCCUAACCAUGGAGUCGCCAGGCCGCGACCCGGUCAAGAUCGAUCUGCGGACUCCCGGCAGCGAGAAGACUUUGAAAGAUCACCCCUUCAAGAUCAAGGAAGGUGCCAAGUUUACCAUGGUGGCCGAUUUCAAGGUCCAACAUGAGAUUCUCAGUGGUCUGCACUACGUUCAGGUUGUAAAGCGCAAGGGUAUCAAGGUCAGCAAGGAUAGUGAGAUGAUUGGAAGCUACGCUCCGAACACGGACAAGCAGCCGAUUUACACCAAGAAAUUCCAAGAAGAGGAGGCUCCCACAGGCAUGCUCGCCCGCGGUCACUACAACGCCAUCUCCAGCUUUGUCGAUGAUGACAAGAAGAAGCACCUGGAGUUUGAGUGGAGUUUCGAUAUCGCCAAGGACUGGUAAUUAACGAGUUAAUAACGGGUUGGACUGCGUAAUAACUAUCGAUUUCUCUGGUUUCCCUGCCAGGAUACCCUGAAUGAUGUGAGGGAAAGUAUUCCUGAUAUCAUCGUCGGACCAGGCUGUCAAUCAGAAACGCCGUUAAGCGGAGUUGGCGAUGUGACAAGAACACACAUGAGAAGGCAUAUAGAAACGCAGGAAAAUUUAUGACAGGGUUGGUGUUUUGGCUUUUUGUUAUAUGCCCUGCACAUUCGGUCAUUCCAAUGGAAGGUCGCAGUGUAUCGGGCUUUUCUAUUCGAGACAAAUAAAAGCGAAUACGAAAACAAAAUGGUGAAUUCA